CACUCUCCCCCACCAUUCACACAAGACCCAACAAGACCACUCAUGGCAACAAAGCCAUCAAACCCAAGUGAGAGCACAAAGCUUAAAAGGAGAAGAAACCCAACCCCUCACCAUCAGUUCUGCUACAACCCAAUCAUCAGUAUAGUAAAGCAGCUUCCUUUUGCAAUAAUUCACUAAUCACUUUGCUUCAAUUAGUAUCCUACCUGGGUCUUAAUCCUCCUCUCCUAGUUCCUUCCUCCACAAGCAGAGCAAGGAGAAGGGAAACAGAGCAUAGCAGAGUACAGCAGAGCAGAGAUAUGGAGAUUGAACUGGUGAAAUGCGAGUGUUGUGGCUUGAAAGAGGAUUGCACCCAAGAUUACAUAAGUGAGGUGAAAGCGAAAUUUGAUGGGAAAUGGCUAUGUGGGUUAUGCUCAGAAGCUGUGAGAGAUGAAGUGAACAGAGGGAAGAAUCCAUUUGGGAUGGAUGAAGCUGUGAAGGCUCACAUGUCCUUUUGUAGGAAGUUUAAGUCUAACCCUGCAGUUAGAGUUGCAGAUGGGAUGAGGCAGAUGCUCAGGAGGAGGUCAGAUUUGUCUUCGACCUCUUCUUCUUCUUCAUCUUCUUCUUCUAAGAAGUACAUGAGAUCAGCAAGCACAUCACAAGUAGGAGACGAAUCCUCAUUCUCACUUUACUAAUUAGAAGCUUUUAGAGCUCCAGGGGAAAAGGAAGGAAGAUGAAGGUGCUGGGUCUUCUGGGUUGGAAUAAGUGUCAGUUUUCAUGGUUUAAUUCUCUUCUAAUUUUGUACAGAGUUUAAUUUUAAUGGAGGAUUUGUCCUAGUCUUUGUUUUGCUUGACAUGGGUAUGUGGUCAAUUCUCUCUCUCUCUCUCUUCCUUCCACUGGUUCCUCCUUGUAAGCCACCUGAUAUAUCAAAUGGAAGAUGGAUUAAUGAGGGAAAACUCAAAAAGACAGAAACUUUGAUCCAUCACAAAUUCAA